UUCCGUUGCCAAGGCAUUCUCAAGGCAAACACUCGCUGCUCGCUGGUUAGCUAGGCUAGCAGAUCUGCAGGAUAAUCUUACAGCUGUUGGAUAGCGGGAAUUCGGCUCAUCUUGUUGAGUUGAACAAACAUACAAAGGAAGUUCCCCGGAUUCCGAACCCGUUAGAUCAGCUCUGGCUUUUAGUCUUUUUCGUGCGUUGUCUGAAAUAGACAAAUCUAGCCCUUUUCUUUUGGGAUCAGCAGCUCAGGCUAACUUAGUAACGUUAACGUUGCCACACAGCCAUUAUGGCUGACUUUGGGUUCAACGAGCACCAUCAGAAUGAGAUCAUCAACUACAUGCGAUUUGCUCGUUCAAAGAGACUCUUAAGGGUCAAGACGAUCGACUCGUGUUUUGAGGAACUGAAAGACAGCAGGCUGGUGGAGGAGACCUUCACAGUGGACGAGGUUAGGGAGAUGCUGGACGGCCUGCAGAUGGUGGUCCGGGGGGAGGUGGAGAUGGAGUUGAUCAACACAGCCCACACUAACGUGCUGCUGCUCAGGCAGCUUUUCUCUCAGGCUGAGAAGUUUUACCUGCGACUCCAGAGCGAUGUCUCGGAGCUGGAAAACAGGGAGCUGCUAGAGCAAGUGGCUGAAUUUGAGAAGACCGAUUUUACGUCUGCCAACAAGAUGAACCAGGAAGCGAGCAAACCCAAGUUGGCACCACUGAACGAAGGUGGGGUGUCUGAGCUUCUGAACAAGGAGAUAGCGAGAUUACAAGAGGAGAACGACAAACUGAAAUCCAGGCUGCGGACUUUAGAGUCACAGGCCAUGAGCGCGCUAGAUGAGAAAACCAAAGCGGAGAGAGCUCUGAAAGACCUCCAGAGGACACAAGGGGAACAACAGCUUUGCUCUCAAAUGAAGGAGAUCAGCAGCCUGGAGGACACAGUAGCAGCUCUGAAGGAGGGCUACGAAAGAUCUCUUAGUGCCAACGCUGCGUCCCAGAAGGAUCUGCAGGAGAACCUAGUCACUGCCAAGCACGACCUUCUGCGAGUGCAGGAGCAGCUGGCCUUGGCCGAGAAGGAGUUGGAGAAGAAGUUCCAGCAAACCGCGGCGUACCGCAACAUGAAGGAGAUCCUAACCAAGAAGAACGAGCAAAUCAAAGAAAUUAGGAAACGACUGCAGAAAUACGAGCCAGACGACUGACUGCCGCCUGCGUUCCUUAGUAGGACAGGACCAAGACUUUUUUUUUUGGGGCCGGUUUGGGACAAGAAGCCGUCAGCUCCAGUGUUUAUUUUUUAUUUCUGCUUUAUCCGGCGUUCUCCGUCCCCCGUUAGCUUCAGUAAAGACCAGGCCGGUCAGUUGGGGGAACUCACAACUCCGGAAACAGAAGAUCUGAUGACAGAUAUGUGGUUUAUUCCCCCCCUCCCCCCUCCCCCUCUUUUCACUGUGUCAACUUUGAGCUCGCCUACAGUAGCUGGUAGAUUUCCCUCAGUGCUCUAUGCAAUAACCAACAUUUUCCUGUCUGAAGGGACAUUGUCCUUUCGCUGACCUGGACAGAAACACACGGUCUGCCUGAAGCUUUGAAGUCUUGCAGCGGCCUUGCAAACGCAUUCGUGUCUCUUGAACUUUUUUCACGUUUCAUCGUGUCACGACCACAAACCUUCAGGGGUUUCAUUGGGAUUUUACGUGAUAAACCGCCACAGCAACACACACUUUUACAAAUUCAGACACCUGAGUCAAUAUUGUGUAGAAGCUUUUUUAUCCCCCCACUUCAUAUACAGAUACAAGCAUUUCGGGGGAUAU